AUGGAGGGUGAGGACAGGAAUGUUGCCGAUGUGAGCACCCACACAGUCGAGUUCCAAGUCGUGUCUUACUGGAACCGCUCGUUCUCGGCCUUUCAAAGCCCAACCCUUGGACCACCUGUUUUGGGCAGCCUAGUAGACUUGCAAGCUCAGAGCACUGUGCGGUUGCGGUUUGGAGAUGGUACCUGGACGGGCUUUGAAUACAAAUUCAUCAAUCAAAACUCUUUGUAUACUGAAACUCAGUUCAUCUACGUCCCAUGGAAAGUCACGUUCGAGGUUCUUGAGCAUCUUACUCCCUGGACUCCUUCAACUGACCGGCACUUGACCAGGGAUGUUGUCGUUACAGUGGAUUGCAACGAGACAGCGAUACUCCGUUCAAUAUCACGUCAACAGUCCUUGUCGAUGGUUCUGUAUCCUUCUCCCCUGAUCCCAGAGUUCUGCCUAAGUAAUUUGCCAGACUUCACCAGACUAGAUGCCAAUACAGGGGAUAUCAAGUGGGAUGUCGCCAUACCUGGCAUAUACCAUCUCUGUAUCUCAGUUUCACUGGCCUCCCAGCCCACUGUGUAUUCUGAUGUCGAUUUCCUGGUUGUGAGUCAGGCCGGAGACCAGAUUGGCUUUCAAGUCGGUUUCGUUCCCGCCAUGAGGAACGGUCCUACAGCGCCAGACACCGGGCAUUUCACAGUGGUCAGUGCACAGAUUGCUUCUGGAAGCGCCGAGGCGACUCUAAAGUUCACCGUACAACCUUGGAUGGAAGGAUGGAACUCCUUCUGCUUUGCUGCCUACGUCAUCAACGACAUGAAGAUCAGCAGCGCGAGCUCGAUGAAGUGCAGCGAUGCUUACUUCUUUGGCUCGGAUGUCAUCAUGGUGGAUGCGACUGCGGCAGAGCAAUACAAGUAUAGAGUAGCAGGGCAGGUGGUGGCCAAUCACUUUGAGGUCCGUGAAGGAGUGCAGCUGAGGGUGUCCAUCUCCGCUUGGAUGCCCAACUCCCUCGGAGCCGUGGAGAGGAGCAUGGUCGCCGAUCUCAACGGAAACGGAGUCCUCGAUGAGUCUGAGGUAGAAGAGCUGUCCUUCCUCAGGGAGACUCAAGUAGCCUGCCAGGUUCAGAUCUUCUACGGCAACAGACCUCGACCCUUGGGAGCCACUCUGACCAAUGUUUCGCUCAACACCUCGAUCCUCACUUACGAGCCCCCACGGACAUAUGCCGGCGCGGACAUUGAGAUUUGCAUCAACGCGCAAGGAGCGUCAAGCGCUGCAACCUUGUCGAAAGUCAACCAGUUCUGCAUCACCAUCAUGGUGAAAAAAUGCGUUUGGACCGUCAAGACCGGAGAGUCCUUCAUCUCCAUUGCACAGAGCAUCGGGAUCUCAUGGCUGCAACUGUGGAACUUCAACAAGGGGAACUACUCGAGGCCGGACAUCGACCUGCGAACAGGAGAUCCGGUGAAUGUCGGGCAGCUCUACCAGGUUGAUAAUGGAGACACUCUGUACAACAUCGCCGACAGAUUUUCCUCCACAGUCCCCAUCCUUUACGCUCUCAACGGUGCACUGGACCCGCAGGUUCCCAUCUACACAGGACAGUUGAUCUGCAUAGCAUUUGCGUCAUGCGCCAACACAUAA